AUCCAUUGAGUGGCCUCACAACAAAGUCUGUAACUUUGCAGCUUUUUAUCCCUCCCUUCUCUCUCACUGAACUCUUCCUGCCAAAGCUACAUACACAAAAUGGUCCACAGAAGAACUCACUGCUAAAAAAACCUUCUUUUUUUCAUCAAAACCCAAACUUUAAACUUCAACAACUCAAACCCCAUCAAUGGACUUCAAGUUGAAGCAAUGGAGAAAUGAAUCAUCAGAAGAAGAAAAAUCAACAAAGUUACCAAAACUUGUUCUUGAUCUUGACUCUUUUUCUUCUUCUUGUUAUUCACAUUCUGAUUCUGAUUCUAAUUCUUCUGCUCUUCCCUUAUUUGUAUCUGAACCUAUCAAUAAAUUGUCAGCAUUUGCAGAUUCAUCACUUACUCCUACCAAACUUCCCAGUAUGGGAAAUGGUUACUUCAGCUUAGCUCAGUGGCAAGAACUUGAACUACAAGCUUUGAUUUACAAACAUAUGUUAGCUGGUGCUCCUGUUCCUCAUGAACUUCUUUAUCUUAUUAAAAAAAGUCUCAUCAAUUCAUCUCCUUAUUAUAACAUGUCUCAACAAUAUCAUCAAUAUCAACAAGCUAUGUUACACUCAGGGUAUUGGGGAAGAACAAAUAUGGAUCCAGAGCCAGGGAGGUGUAGGAGAACUGAUGGUAAGAAAUGGAGAUGUUCAAGAGAUGUAGUGAGUGGACAUAAGUACUGUGAACGCCACGUUCAUCGUGGUAGGAACCGUUCAAGAAAGCCAGUGGAAAUCCCCACAACCACCACCCCUCGUGGCUGCAAUGCAGCCACGAGCAGCAGGGGUGACGGUGAAGUCCUUAAAGUCAACCCCGCCAUGACAAGUCAUGGCGGGGUUACUCCUCAAUUUGCUUUAUCUGGACAUGCAAAUUCAGUUGAUCUACUUCACCUCAAUCAAAGGCCUUCAAAAUCUAUAAUUGAGAAAAAAGGUCCAAUGGAGGCCCAAAAUGAUAGUAAACCCAGUGGCCAAAUACUUCGCCAUUUCUUUGAUGAUUGGCCUAGACAACAACUUGAAGAAAAUGAAAAUGCUACUUCAAUGGCUUCUGCCACCAGCCUCUCGAUUUCGAUGCCCGGAAAUCCCUCGUCUGACGUCUCGUUAAAGCUCUCUACGGGAGACAGACAUAACUCUGGCACUCGAGUCCAUAACGUUGAACGUUCCAUGUGGGGAACGAACCAGGUUGCAUCGAUGGGUGGACCACUAGCCGAGGCUCUAAGGUCAUCGAUGUCCAGCUCAUCGCCAACGAGCGUUUUGCAUCACUUGCCACGUGGCAGCACGUCAGAGGCUAGUUAUGUUACCACUUGAUCAGACAAGUGGCACUGUUGAAUCUUUUUUAAUGACUGGUGUUUUGGGACUCUUUGUUGUGUUACUUUUUUUUUACCAUCUUUUGUAUUGAAAGCAUACUAUAAAGGUACAUUGCAUUAGCUAUGUUUGUAUGACAAGUGGAUGACAAGGGUGUAACUACAUUUUCUUUUUUUAUAAUCGUACUGUUUGAGUCAGCUUUCAAUUCAACGAAAUCCCAAAAA